AUGAAUGCUUUGUGCUGGAACUGCCAAGGGAUUGGGAACUCUUGGACAGUUGACGCGCUCAAAGGGUUGGUAACCCUAAACUUUCCCAAACUGGUUUUCUUAUCUGAAACAAGAUGUAUUGUAGCAGAGAUGAAUGAUGUUCGAAGAAAGAUUGGGUGGAGAAACGCGUUUACAGUCAAUUAUAAAGUUGUGCGACAAAAGCAUGGAAAGCGAGUCAGCCGAGCAGGAGGUCUCUGCAUUUUGUGGAAUGAUGAUAUCAAGUUGGAGUUGCAGUCUUAUAGUGAGAGUCAUAUUGAUGUGCUACGGAUGGGUUUAGAAAAAGAGCUACAAGAUCUUCUCCAUAAAAAGCAGACUUUCUGGCAACAACGUUCAAGGGUGCUGUGGCUAGCAGAGGGUGAUCUCAACACAAAAUUUUUUCAUCAGAGGGCUUCGAACAGGAAAAAGAAAAAUACCCUAAAAGGCUUAUUUAAUGAAGAUGGGGUGUGGUGUAAUGAUGAGUGCGAAAUGGAGGAGAUUAUUCUGAGAUAUUACAAGAAGUUGUUCACAUCAUCCAACCCUCAACUGCGAGAGCAAGACCUGAGUUUUGUAACCGAGGUUAUCUCUGAGGAUGCUAACAGGCGGUUGAAUGGCACCAUCUCGGAAGAGGAGUUUUGGAAUGUGGUGGGCACUGACGUGGUUGCAGCAGUGAGGGAGUUCUUAAACUCCAAGGAACUUCUCCGAGAAAUAAAUUGUACGUGGGUUACACUAAUUCCGAAGGUUAAGUCUCCGGAGUAUGUCACUCAACUCAGACCUAUCUCGUUGUGUAAUGUUAUCUACAAGCUUGGCUCUAAGGUUUUAGCUAAUAGGAUCAAGCCUUUAUUGGACGAUAUCAUUUCACAGCAGCAAAGUGCUUUUGUACCGGGCCGUCUCAUCUCAGAUAACUCUCUUCUUGCUUUUGAAGUUUCUCAUUGCCUUAAAUGUCGUCGGAGUGGUAAGGUGGGUCUUUGUGCUUUGAAGUUAGACAUGAGUAAAGCUUAUGAUAGAGUAGAGUGGUGUUUCUUGGAGAAGGUUCUUGGCAAGCUGGGUUUUGGUGACACGUUUGUGAGGUGGAUAAUGCAUUGUAUAACAACAGUUUCUUAUUCAUUUCUUGUCAAUGGAGAACCAUGUGGUAAGCUGAUUCCAACCAGAGGAUUACGGCAGGGUGAUGCAAUCUCUCCUUAUUUGUUUCUCCUAUGUGCGGAAGUUCUCUCCAGAAUGAUUAAGCAAGCUGAGACAAAUGGUGAGAUACAAGGGGUCAAAGUAUGCACGGAUGCUCCAUCAAUUAGUCAUCUUUACUUUGCCGAUGACUCUUUCAUUUUUUCAAGGGCGGAGGAGAGAGAUAUGCUGUGCAUGAAAGAUAUUUUUGUGACAUAUGAGACGAUGUCGGGUCAACAGAUCAACUAUGAGAAGAGCAGUGUUUCAUUUAGUAGAAACGUGCCUUUGUGGAAACAACAUGAUUUGGCAGCCGUGUUAGGGGUGCAAAGAGUAGAGAACCAUGAAAAGUAUCUCGGUCUCCCUACCGAGCUCAGCUACUCUAAAGACGAAGCUUUCCGGUAUUUGAUCGAUAGGGUAAGGAAACGUACUCAAGGUUGGAGAGACAAAACUCUUAGUGGGGUGGGUAAGGAGGUGUUGUUAAAAGCUGUUAUCCAAUCUAUCCCUACUUAUGUUAUGAGUUGUUUCGAGUUGCCUAGACAUCUCUGCAACGAAAUGCACCAACUGAUGGCAAGGUUUUGGUGGGGUGAGUUUGGGGACGAGAGGAAGAUACACUGGAUAGCUUGGGAUAAACUGUGUAGCUCUAAAAAGGAGGGUGGGCUUGGUUUCAGGGAUAUGCAUGUUUUUAAUAAAGCCCUCCUAGCAAAGCAAGGAUGGAGGAUGCUCUGUAGGCCUCAAUCUCUGCUCGCGCAGGUAUUAAAAAUGAAAUAUUUUCCUACUUCAAGUCUGAUCCAAGCUGAGGUGGGUAAAAGAAUCUCCUAUUCUUGGAGGAGCUUAAUGAGAGGAAAAGAAUUGUUGCAGCAGGGGUUGCGAUUCCAAGUAGGGAAUGGGGAGAAUAUUCAUUUAUGGGAUGACCCCUGGUUACCACUCCCUUACACAUUUAAACCCUUCUCUCUGCCAAUGCAUGGCUCUGAAGGAAUGAGGGUUUGUGAGUUAAUUGAGGAAGGCACUGGUGGAUGGAAUGAAUGGUUACUAGAGGAGCUUUUUACUCCAAUGGAGAGUGAGAUCAUUUUAAAAAUUCCACUGAGCCUAAAUGGGGGUGAGGAUCGUUUGGUAUGGCACUUCGACAACAAAGGCUGUUAUAAUGUGAAGAGUGGGUAUUUUGUGGGACGUUUGUUGGAUGGUUUGAAUCGGAAAGCUUCGGGUUCCGACUCAGAUGUGCAAUGGUCGAGACUAUGGUGUAAGCUGUGGCGUACUCAAGUACCUCCUAAGGUGCGUAUGCAUGCUUGGCGUUUGGUAAAGGGAACAUUACCCUCUCGGGCUGCCUUGGUGAAAAAACAGGUUCAGCUCCCAGACGUCAACUGUGUGUUUUGCUCGACGAAUGUGGAAGAUAGUUUGCACCUGUUCAAGAAUUGUGAGGCUCUCCAACCUUUUUGGCAACAAGGUAUGGUACAAAUACAUCCGCGUACUCAUCCUUCUAUAAGUGUUGAGGUCUGGUUCUGGGAUAUGGUGGAGAUGUUGAGUGGUGAAAAGCUAGAGGGUUUCUUGAUGGCUUUAUGGGUGAUCUGGGUUGAGAGAAAUAAUAUGGUAUGGAGAGGACAGUUCUAUAAUAUUACCAACAUGAUGGAUUGGUCCUCUUCUCUUUUGCUGGAGUACAAGCAUUGUCAUCAACGUAGUGUGGGCACGAGGAAGAAAAAUAAGUCAAAAUGGACGUGUCCCCCUAGUGGAAGACUUAGAGUCAAUAUAGAUGGAAGUUUUGCGCAUGAAGAGGGUAGAGGUGGUGUGGGAGUAGUGAUCAGAGACCAUAAAGGUGCAUGUGUAGCGUCUCUUGCCCGGCCUUUCCCAAAUGCUGCGUCUGCUAUCCAUAUGGAAGUUGAGGCCCUUAGAGCAGGUUUGUUGGUUUGUGUUCAACAAGGGUGGCGAGAUGUUGAGGUUGAAAGUGACUGUAUGAACUUGGUACAAGCAAUGCAGACUGAUGGUGAAGACUUCUCUAUGGUUGGAAGGAUCAUUGAGGAUUGCCAAAGGUAUGUGAGUGCGUUUAAUUUUUUUCAGCUUCAACAUGUUUGUCGUGAAGCAAAUAGUGUGGCGAAUAGACUAGCCCACUUUGCUAGAUGCAAUAGCUAUGAUGAUUUUAGUUUAGAUGAGACACCUGCUAUUAUUCAGGAUGUUCUCUAUGAGGAUCUUUGUAAUAGUUCUUUGGUACAUCAGGGUUCAGGUUAUAUGUCCCCCUCGAUGGAAAAUUUUAUUUCAAUAAAUGAAACCGGGCGUGAGGCUGAGCCUCCCAGCUAG